GGUCUGGGCUGUCCGUCGGCGGAACGCUGGGGGCCGCACUUCCGUCUUGGUGUCAGCGGGUCUCGGCCCGGGGCUGCUGCGGGACCAGCUUGUGAACUCUUUGAGGGCAUGGUCUGUCUUCCUGCAACACAUACUGGCCAGAACUUGGAAACUUCAUACUCUAGAAGCACAUACAGUUUUGUAUGUACCUGUGUCAGGCUUCCAGCUCCACCAAUGAAUAUCUGCAAAUAAAAUAAAUUCCUGGCCUUGGCAAAUUCUGCAAAGUAUUUCAAUAUAUUUUACUGUGUACAAGCAUUUCAUUUCAUCAUCUGUUAUCCUUACUCCAAUAAGAGAUAAACAAUAAUUUCAUCUGAAGCUUGAAAAGGAGGGAUACUGCAAGCUUCCAACAUUGUUAAUACACAAGAUUGCUUUUUAAAAUAAUCUUAAGUGACUUGGUAUUAUGAAGGAAGAGUCUAUUGCACAAAAAUGUUUGAUCUUUAAAUCCCUCAAAAUGAUGUAUUAGAGGAAGCCAAGUUACUGGUUCGGAGAUUUCAUAUUGAAGGAUGAACAGUGAAGAGGAGUUCUUUGAUGCUGUUACGGGAUGGGGAAGAAGAAAACUAUGAAAAACAGAAUUACUGGCUUUGAUUCUGACAAUUCUUCAGGAGACUUUUCAGAAACAAAUCACAAAGUUGCAGAAAUGCUUGAUCUGGAUCCAUCGCAAAGCAAUAGGACUGGAAAACAUAAUGGAGAAAGACAGCGUCAGGAGAAUGGAAUUAAGAAACACAGAACAUCAUUACCUGCACCAAUGUUUUCUAGGAGUGAUUUCAGUGUGUGGAGUAUAUUAAAAAAAUGCAUUGGACUGGAGCUGUCUAAAAUUACAAUGCCUAUUGUCUUCAAUGAGCCACUGAGCUUCCUCCAGCGGAUAACCGAAUACAUGGAACACAUAUACCUCAUUCAUAAAGCUAGCAGUCAUGUGAACUCCCUGGAAAGAAUGCAGGCUGUAGCUGCUUUUGCAGUUUCUGCAGUAGCGUCUCAGUGGGAGAGAACUGGCAAACCAUUUAACCCUCUACUAGGAGAAACAUAUGAAUUAAUCAGGGAGGAUUUAGGCUUUAGGUUUAUAUCUGAACAGGUCAGUCAUCACCCACCUGUUAGCGCAUUUUAUUCUGAAGGCCUCAAUAAGGACUUUGUUUUUCAUGGAUCAAUCUACCCCAAAUUAAAGUUCUGGGGGAAGAGUGUAGAAGCAGAGCCCCGAGGAACAAUUACUUUGGAGCUUCUAAAACAUAAUGAAGCUUACACAUGGACAAACCCAACCUGUUGCGUACAUAACAUAAUUAUAGGUAAACUGUGGAUAGAACAGUAUGGAACAAUAGAAAUUGUAAAUCACAGUACUGGAGAUAAAUGUGUCCUUAAUUUUAAACCAUGCGGCCUGUUUGGGAAAGAGCUUCACAGAGUAGAGGGUCACAUUCAGGACAAAAACAAGAAGAAGCUCUCUGUGAUCUAUGGCAAAUGGACAGAAUGCUUAUGGUGUAUCGAUCCUGCCACAUAUGAUAGUUCUAAAAAGAACGAGAAGAGAGGUGGUGACCAGAAGAAAAUGAAGCCGAGUGAAGAUGCUGAGAAUGACGAGGCUGAUGAUAUGCCAGAGAUCCAAGAGACCGUACAAAUGAUACGAGGCAGCAAGCUGCUUUGGAGAAUAAAUUCUAGACCUCCAAACUCAUCACAGAUAUACAAUUUCACCAGUUUUGCUGUGAGUCUCAAUGAGCUGGAAACGGGCAUGGAAGCAAUUUUAGCUCCCACUGACUGUCGUCUACGUCCAGAUAUCAGAAGCAUGGAAAAUGGAGAUCUGGAUCUGGCUAGCAAAGAAAAGGAGAGACUAGAAGAGAAACAAAGAUCUACUCGUAAGGAACGUGCAAAAGAUGAAGUGGAAUGGACGACAAGAUGGUUUCAUCAAGGCAAUAAUCCAUACACUGGAACUUCAGACUGGUUAUAUUCAGGCGGCUACUUUGAUAGAAAUUUCUCAGACUGUCCAGAUAUAUAUUGAAAUAUCUGAACCCAUCACUCCAUCUCAUCUGGACACUUAGUUGUUAAAUUUCAUUCAGUGCCAGUUAUUCUGGUUUUGUUAAUAGCAAAUACAAAAAACCCCCACACCUUUUCUAAAGUAAAUUUUAAUGAAAAUUGUAUCAUUCACCAAUCAAGGAUUUGUCAUUAAUUUUGAUUGCCAUAUAUUUAAAUGCUGCUACAUUUUUUUCCUGUAAAGCUUUCAUCUGAAAUCAUCAUGUUUUAACUAAGUUUUAAAGGGUUGUCUUUUUUUUGUCAAAGGUAUGCUGUAGCCAGUAGAGUUUACAACACCCUUUUAAUUAUAUAGCUAAGAAAAAAUAGCAGUGAUAUCCUUGUUACUUCACUUAGCACAGCAUUAAAAAAUCGAAGUAUCCAGAACUUGGAACAAUGGUAAAUUGGCAUGGUACAAACAUGAUCCAAGCAAGCAGAAGUAGUGUUCCUUGUGAAGAGAUGUAUAUGACCUUUUUCAAAUGGUAAGCAGAGCUGAAGAGAUUGAAGCUCCUGGUCUAUCUCAGUACAAUUCAAAGGCUUAAAAAACACAAAGCACUGAAUGUUAGGCUUACUGCAGCUUGAACUGCUACUCCUAAUUGUCUCUGGGCACUGUGAGCAUUACUUGAACUAUGUACUUAUGAUAACAAUUACUUAAACCUUAUGUUGGGGUGUGGGAAGGGUAAAUUAGCAAAUACCUGCUUUUGUGAAGUAAAAUGUUGCUCUUAAAAUACAGAAGGCUUCAGAGAGAUUUGUAGAAACAUGGAAGUUGUGAUUACAGUGUACACUAAAGAUCUCUGUGGCCGCUUACUUUGACUAGGAGGCUUGGGUCUCCAGCACUACUAUUGGCAGCUUAGGCCUGGUCUACACUAUGGGGCAAUGUCUACCUAAGAUAUGCAACUUCAGCUAUGUGAAUAGUAUAGCUGGAGUUGACAUACCUUAGGUCAAGUUGCCACAGGGUCCCCACUAUGAGGGGAGUGGGCUGAGCGGAGAAACUCUGCAAUUGGCUCCCCUUCCUCUUCAUGGCCUGGUGGAGUACCAGUCAGCAGGAGUGCAAUCAGUGGUGGAGUUAGCACAUCCUUUCUAGACCUGCUAAAUCAACCUCCAGGAGAUUAAUCCCCAGAGUAUCAAUCUUCCGGUAAGUGUAGACAAGGCCGUAUGCAUUAUUUAUGCUUCUAGACUGACUUUUCUUUGGAAGCAUUCAGUAUAUAUCCAUAGAUGGUCUUACUUGUUUUUAGUUUUUUUGUUUUUUUGUUUUUGUUUUUUACGUGUUCUGAAACAGGGUCACAUCUGGUUGUAUGUUGUGAAAAGCCAAUCUUUUUAAAGCUAAGCAGCAUAACUGAAGUUAUUUUAAAACUAGUAAUGGGUAUAAUCUCUGUAACCACUUGCAGUCAUAGAGAAUUGAUUUACUUUUGUUGGCAUAGAAAUGUCAAAGCAUAUAAUGUUGGAAUGAUUUAAACUGCACAUCAGUUGACUGACUAUACAUUUAUGGAGUUAAAUUGUCAUCAAAGUAGUACAUUUCUAUUGAGGCUUAAAUAAUUAGAUGUAGAAAUUAAACAAAUGUUAAUAGUUGCUCAUUCUUUUAUGAAAGCUCUCUAUUUAGUAACCAAUCGAAACUGGUGAUGUUGCUGAUAAAUGUAUAGUAAUUCAGAGAUUGCUGAUGUUAAACACCAGCAUUUCUUUGAGUAUUCAUGAAAGAAUCCAUCUGAUUUCCAGAUGCAUUUCAGAUUGCAUACUUGUGACUUCAUCCAAAGGCUAGGUUUUGAAGUGCUUCUACCAGCUAGAAGAAAAAUACACAAAACUCAAGAGAAACAUAUUUCUUUUACACCCAAAAUGAGCUAUUUUAUAUUUGUUACAUUUUGUUCAUUUUUUCAGUGAAGAAGGUAAGCCAUGAAAGUUAAAGGCAAUUAAGGAACAGCUCUGAAAUAAAUUCAUGUCACUGUAUCCUGUCGUCAGCAAUUAACUGUGUUCACCUUGAAGUCUCUUGGCCAGCCAGGCUAAUCUUGAUAUUGUUUAUAUUGGUGUGCUAGAGAAAAAAAAUGUUCACUCCAGAUUUAAAUAUAUUGGCAAUUCUGAUUUUAAUACGGAAUAACUAAUGCUUAUGGACAACUUAACUACUUCCUAUCAGGUUCUUUUUGCAAAGUUAAACCUAAAAGAUUAAUAUUUCAUAUAUUCUAAGCUGCUUCAAGUUUCUUGCAAGCAGAUGCUAACAUAAGGAGCAUUGUGCACUGCUAACAGUGAAUGGAUUCAAAUUUUAAGCCAUUUUUGUAAUGUUUCAUGAAUAACUCUUAUUUAACGUAAAUACUUGAGUUUGUCUGUUAUUAGUUCUGCUCUAAGACACAUACAUAAAAAUAGAAAGUCACCAGAAUGAAAAAGUUAUGAAUUUUAAAAAAUCCUAUUUAUAAAUAAGAUGUACAGAUGGCAAAUCUUUUCAUUUUGAAUCACAACCUAAGUUUAGUAGGUCUAAAAAUGUUUUCAUUAUGCAAACAAAUCAGUUUUUUAUUUGAAAAAGGCUAUAGAGGCACACUUAAUCCAAAGCAUUGUAUCAGUCUUCAUGGAAUAAAAAACUCCAGAAAAAUGUCACCUAUUACCACUUACUGUGUUUUAUAAGUCUGUUUACUUUGGCAUUUUUCCUAAUUUUAAAUCAAACCCCAAUAACUUCUGCUCUCCCUCCCCCAUGGCGUGUUUAUUUCCCUAAAAACCUCAAGUGAAUUUCAUGUUUGUCUGUUCUUUGUUUGGCUUAUUAAGGCUGCAUCCAGAGUAUUUACAAAAUGCUUGCCCAAUUCUGCUGGCUAGCAUAUAUUUCAUUAGCCGUCUGAUACUUAAUGUUACAUUUUGAUUAUUUGUGUCUCAAUGAAAAACAUUAAUGGUUUGUUAAAUGAAGAGCUCACCUAUCUAGUUUUACUUCUUAAAACACAUUAGCUAAACUUUGCACCUUUUUAAAAGAAUGUCACUUUUAUAACUUUAUUAAACACUGACUGUAUUUAAAAUAACUGUAUGUUGGUAUGUGUUAAUACACCUACGUGGAAUUUUUUUUUUUAAAGAAACCACAAUAGAUGCUAAACACACUUCAGGCCAAUACAUCGUGUGAAAGAUGUUUUGAAGCGUGACUUUCAAAAUAAAGUAACUACUUUUCUGGGAAGGAAAAGUUGCACAUUAUCUUGGCUGGUUGUUUUCCUUUGUAUCUACCAUGAUGCUUAUUGGAGAGAGAGAAUUUGAAUUAGAACUUUCAUCCCUACAAACACACCUUUUCUUCUGCUUGAGCAUGCAGUGGACUCAGUUCUUUGAUAUCAGGCUGUUAGUAGAAAAAUACAAAAAUGUAGGUAUCACUAAUAUACUGAAAGCUACUGAUCUUGAAAAAAAUAACUCAUUUGUUUUAAACACUUUUUUGGCGCAACUCAAACUCCCCCCCAAAUCAAAAAAGAAAGGGAAAGAAAAGGAUGUGAAUCUAGAUAUGUUUUGAAUUUUAUUCCCUGCAGUCAGUUUCACCUUUACAUGUUUUUAAAGGCCCAAACACUAAGUGGGCCUUCAAAAUGGUAAAUUAAGCUUUUGGUAAAACUAUAUAUUCCAACAGAAUGAAAUUUUUUUUUAUAGCCACUGCACAGAACCUCUCUGUCAUUUUGAGGAUACACCAUACUAUAGAUUUGUGACAACUGUUUGGGAUAUUGGACGCUGGCAGUUCCUGGGUCCCAGAUUAUAUUGGGAGGGGAAUUAUAUACUCCAAGUUAAGUAGAAAAAACACUGAAAUGAUUAGCAGUGGUGUCCCAUAUAAACAGUUUAAAAUACUCAAAUUAAGAGGUGAAGGCUGUGAGGUUUAUCUUUUUCUGCCUCAAUGCUUUGAAAUCUGGGGGAAGAUGGUGGGUGUUUGUUUUUGUUUUUGUUUUUUUUCAAGAAUUUUCCUAAAUCUAGAAUGGAUAUAAAUGACUUCAGAUCACUAAUUUUUACAUACUAAUAGUUUGUGAUAAAAUGGUUUGUAUUUGUAACCAUCUGCACAGUACAUUUGCCUGAUGUAUUUCCUCAUAAAUGUAGUCCUUAUCUCUCAUGUUCACUGUACUUUGUGUAUCUAAAUAUGACAGAUAAACAUAUUUGUUCAGUAUGUAGACUUAAAACACUACAUAAUUUUAUAAUAUACUGUAUCUUUGCCUCUCUGAAAACACACCUGUGGUUUGGGUCAAUUGUAUAAUAGAGCAAUAUUUAAAUUUAUGUAAAUCUAAUGAUUCUAACAUAGAAAACUCAUUUUUGGUAUGUUUUGUAGCAUGAAAAAUAUUAAAACUCGCUUAUACCCAGAAUUCCAGGCCACUUUGACUGAAGCUGCUUUUCUUUUGCCUUACUCAAUUGCUGUUGUUUAAAUAUUUACACACUUUGUCUGCCUUACCCAUGUUGCAUGAAAAUAUUAAAUAAAAAUGAUUUAGUGAAAUUGAUUUAUUUUUAUAAUAUUUAAUAAUGGUCAAUACCCAUCUAUAACAAUCAUAUUCAGCUUUUCAGAGAAGUCUGUACAGAUUUGUGGACAUAAAUGUUAAACUGUAAAUCUGAAUAAAGGUCAUUUUGAAGAAGAUA